UAUUACCGAGGUCAUGUAUGUUUAUUAUUGACGUUUAAUUCAUCACAGCUUAGGUAAUAUGUUUGUGUUCGUUUAUAAUUAAAAUGUUUUCUGUUUUGAAAGUUUGUCACCGAGCUGUAUGGGCGCCCUCCAUGCAAUGUCGGGCUAUUGGGUCGGCGUUUUCACGAACACUACGUCAUAAUGACCGUAAAGUUAUGAAUAUUCCUGUUGAAGUUAUGUAUAAUGUUGUAGCUGAUGUAGAAAAAUACGUGGAUUUUGUGCCAUGGUGCUCCAAAAGUAUCGUUCGAUCAAAAACUGAGAAUUCUGCGAACGCGAAGUUAGUCGUCGGCUUUGGUCCUGUGAAAGAACAUUAUAAUUCAAGAUUAAUCUUCAAACAACCAAAGUUUGUGAAAGCAAUUUGCACGGAUGGUCGACUUUUUAAUUUAUUGGAUUGUACUUGGAAGUUUUACCCCGGGAAUUCUCCGUCUUCAUGCAUCGUCGAUUUCAAUGUCGUCUUCGAGUUCCGUUCGUUAAUUUAUUCAAGACUCGCCACCAUGUUUUUCAACGAGGUUGUUUUAAAAAUGGUUUCGGCAUUCGAAACACAAGCGAUUAAACAACACCAAAAGAUUCUUCUCAAACAAAUUUAACAAAAACUUUAAUCAUUAAUUAAUCAAUUUCAGUGGAUCAUUUCAUGUCUACCUCGUAACAUGAAACUUAGGAAAUAUUUUAUUUGUUUUAUUCGUUUUAAUAUUUAUGUCGCAAUAGAUGAAUUUUAAAUGUUUUAUGACAUUGUUGUUUUGCAUGUAAUGAAUAAAGGGGUCAAACAUGGCG